AUGGAUACAAACUCUCCGCCUGUAGGAAAGCUGGAAUUAACUGACAAGAUGAGCCGCUACUCGUACCCGUUCGCCAUCACGGUCAACAAAGAGGGUAGGCGCUUUAUGGAUGAGGGAAGAGACACAUUCGAGCCGACGUACGCGGCCACGGGUGAUUUAAUCGGCAAGCAAACCGACUCGACCGCGUUUCAAAUCUUUGAUCAAAAGUCUCUCAUUACCCUGGAGCCAAGGUACUCGACUGGAACUCCGGUCGUUGACGACACCCUAGAUGGUCUUGCCGCAAAGCUGGGAGUCAACGUCCGCGAGUUCAAUGCCGCCGUCCCCGAUACCCCGGAUUGGGAUCCCUUUCACAAGGAUGGCCGUUCCACCGGGGAUAAGCUCGAAAUCGCAAAGACUAAUUGGUCGCUGACCAUCGAUAAGCCUCCUUAUGUUGCCUAUGCGGUGACCUGCGAACUCAGGUAUCACCUUCACCUACGGAGGCUUAAGGUGGACCCGUACGCCCACGUCUUGAAUGCCGAAGGGAACAGAGUGCCUGGACUUUGGGCCAUCGGAGAAAUUGCCGGCGGCUUCUUUGCGUACAAUUAUCCGGGAGCAUCUGGCCUGGUCAAGGGUGCAGUUUUCGGCCGGCUGGCGGGUGCAGCAGCAGCCAAAGGAGCCAUUGAGUGUCAGCGGCCAGGGAAACUUUGA